CAAACUUCUAUAACGCAGACAAUCAUUUCCGAUCAUUCCUAUCAAUCAAAUUUCACAACGUCCUAUGAUUUACCAACUUACGAAAAAUAAUUACUCUCAAACAAAACAAAGUACCUUGCUCCCGCACGUAAUUUUUUUUCUUCCCGGCAUUCUGGGCCACUUGCCUGAGCAUGUCUGAUUUACAUCGACUUCUAACAUUCUAACAGGUUAUGUUGGGCGAGUUUACACGUCCAUUGUCACGGUCACGGGCGUCACGGGGAUCCAGCAGUCCACCACACAUUCCGUAUCUGUUUCGCAUAGGCUGCAUGAGCUAUGAGCCUAGGAACGGGAUAGGAAUAGGGUGUUGUUUUGCUGAAAGUUGAGUAUAUGUCGUAUUUUGCAGAAGUGAACGGCGUGGUAGACGAAUUUGUAAUAACGAGGUACAGAUAUGAGUCAGCUUUCUGGGAGCACAUCUGAAGUAGGCCCAAGUUCAAGCCAAUCAGAUGAUGGAACAUCUCGCAUACCACCUCAGCCUCCUCCACCAUCUUCUUCAGGAGUGUCAUCUUCAGGAAGUGCGGCUGCUGCUGAUCAGUCAUCUCGACAGAGUAAUCUUCAGCGAAUCCAACAGCGCAAACAACAAGUGUAUAACUGGCCUCAUAACAAGAAACUCCUCAAGCUGGCCAUCUACUCUGCUUGUCAGGCCGAUGAAUGCAAAUGCAAUGGGUGGAAGACACCAAUACCACCUGCAAAAUCUCCUCGUGUUGAAGUGUCACAACCAUUAGCAAGUUUCACUGAUCCAUGUCGCAGCUGCACACAUGUGCUAGAAACACAUGUGAGUCAUCUUGCACCACUGUCAGAAGAAGAAGUUAAUCGGCUUCUGGGAAUGGUGGUUGAUGUUGAAAAUAUUUUCAUGAGCAUGCAUCGUGAAGAAGACGCUGAUACAAAACGUGUAUACUACUACCUAUUCAAGUUGCUCCGGAAGUGUAUACUAACAAUGACAAGACCUACCAUUGAAGGGCCUCUUGGUCAACCACCAUUUGAAAGGCCAAGUAUAGCAAAAGCAAUUACAAACUUCGUUCUCUACAAAUUUGGGCAUCUUGCUCAAAGGGAGUGGCAAACAAUGUAUGAUUUGGCCAAGAUGUUCUUGCAUUGCCUUAACCAUUGGAACUUUGAGACACCAAGUGCGAGGCGACAUGUUACAGCAGAAGAGGUGUCUGCAUACAAGAUCAAUUACACCAGGUGGCUUGUGUUCUGCCAUGUGCCAGCAUUUUGCGAUUCCUUACCUCAUUUUGAGACAACAUUAGUGUUUGGGCGCACCUUGUUGCGUGCUGUGUUUCGUUCAGUGUAUCGUCAGCUCAUGGACAAGUGCCACAAUGAACGUGACAGGAUGCCUCCUGAGAAAAGAGUUCUUGUUCUUACACAUUUUCCCAGGUUCUUAUCAUUGUUGGAGGAAGAAAUUUAUGCACAAAGUUCACCAAUUUGGGAUCCAGAAUUCAAGCAGGUUCCUCCUAGCCACCUGCAGGCGUCUUUAGAAACUAAACUUCCUGCUGCAUCAGUAACAACAGCAUCUUCAUUAAGACGUAGUGGGGAGUUUGAAAAGCUGACGGUACCACCCAGUGAUAAGGACAACUUCACCACUGUUAACCUGAGUCCGGGAUUUGGAAAGAAGCAGCUCAGGGAAGGAGGGACUGCGAGUCUUGGUGAAAAAAGGGCAGCAUCUGUAAUACCUGAAGGACCAGCAAGCUGUAGACAAUCUGAUGCCAAGAAACGUCGCCUGGUUCCAGAGCCAAUGGAAGAUUUGCCAGAGGCGACUGUUGUGGAAAUCAUUGCUACAAUUGAUUCACCACCAAACAUGGUUGGUCCUGAGGCGGUUUUCCCAGAGAAUGCACCUCGGGAUGAAACUGCCAAACAAGAAGAGUUGCGAGGAAUUAUUUCUUUUCAUGUUGUUGGCAAUUCACUGACGUCAGCUGUUUCGAAGCAGACAAUGCUUUGGCUCAUUGGUCUUCAAAAUGUGUUCUCCCACCAGUUACCUCGUAUGCCAAAAGAAUACAUCUCACGUCUUGUGUUUGACCCGAAACAUAAAACUCUGGCCCUUAUUAAGGAUAAUCGUCCCAUUGGUGGUAUUUGCUUCCGAACAUUCAUGACACAGGGUUUUACAGAAAUUGUCUUCUGUGCUGUAACAAGCAAUGAACAAGUAAAGGGAUAUGGAACACAUCUUAUGAAUCACCUGAAGGACUACCAUAUUGGACAUAACAUAUACCAUUUCCUUACAUUUGCAGAUGAAUUUGCUAUAGGUUACUUCAAGAAGCAAGGUUUCAGUAAAGACAUUAAGUUGGCCCGAACUAUAUAUCAGGGCUUCAUCAAAGACUAUGAAGGUGCCACUUUAAUGCAUUGUGAACUGGAUCCACGCAUUGUAUACACUGAAUUCAUUGCUGUUGUCAGAAAACAAAAAGAGGUUGUUAAAAAAUUGAUUGAAAUGCGGCAGCAAGAGGUGCAGAAAGUGCAUCCUGGUCUCACCUGUUUCCGAGAAGGUGUCCGGGGAAUUCCUGUGGAAAGUAUUCCUGGUAUUAGAGAGACUGGAUGGAGGCCAGUUGCUAGAGCAACAAGAGUUGCCCGUGUUACUGAGGAAUGUAACGAUCCAGAUACACUACUUACAACACUUAAAAAUGUGCUCACAACGGUAAAAAACCAUACUGCUGCCUGGCCAUUUCUUAAACCAGUCGACAAGAAUGAAGUACCAGAUUAUUAUGACCAUAUCAAAUAUCCUAUGGACCUGAAAACAAUGGGUGACCGCCUCAAGGCUCGUUACUACACGACUCGAAGACUCUUCAUUGCAGAUAUGACUCGAAUCUUCUCCAACUGUCGCCUCUACAACAGCCCUGAUACUGAGUAUUAUCGUUGUGCAAAUGCUCUUGAGAAAUACUUCCAGACACGCAUGAGGGAACUUGGACUGUGGGAUAAAUGAACUUUACAUAUCUGUAAUAUUUCUACUUGUGGUCUUCAUUGCCAGGCCAUUUAAACAAGCAGUAGGUUCCUCAUCCUUUUCCAGGAAAAGUUUGUA